AUGGAACUGACCCUGAUUGCCAUUAACUGCAUUCUAGCAUUAGGAGGUGCUAUUGUGUUGUAUGUAGGAAUCUACAUACGUCACGCUGGAUGGGUAGACGCAAUUCGUGGCUACUGGUCCAACAUUAGCGAUGCUGUGACGGCUCUUAUUGUAAUUGGCGGUGUGAUCAUCGGACUAGCGCUGCUAGGCUCCAUUGCAGCAUCUUGUCACUGGAAGUUCGGAAUAUGCACAUACGAUAUCGUCAUGGUACUGCUCUUGGUCUUGUUUGUGGUCGUAGCAAUAGCUGCAUUUAUCCUGUUGAACAAAGCUGACGACUGGAGUGAAAAGACGUAUCCAGCGGAGAGCAUGGAGGAGACGGUGAAGAGAGAUUUUGAGAAAGUAUACUGCUAUGCGCAAGGCGAACAUAUUUGCAACGAGGUGAUGUUCAAUGCAGCUCUGGACAUGUUUGCUCCUGAAAUCAGCACGACGAAUGUGUCACAAUUUGAAAACGUUACAGGCGGUGUCAGCAUGUUAUGCGACGACUAUCUUGAUGACUACAGUGAGCUCGAAAACGUCUGCAUAGCAUGCGAUACUGUGCGCGAGUUUAAUAAUUACACAAUGGUCUUUGACUGGAUACACGACCACUGUCCGAGAACAAACGAAACAAUGACGUACUGUAGAGAACUCAUCAUUCGCACUAGUACGACAGAUACCACAGUCGGCACAGCACCUUAUAUGCAGUGUCGCGCCGAAUUCCUGGAAUUUGUUGAGAACUAUUCACUGUAUCUGGGUGUCGGUAGUGUACUAGUUUGUCUUGGCGCUCUUAUGGUGAUCAUUUUCGUUUUUUGUCUGAGUCGCAGAGAGCAGCUUAGCCGCAACCACGACGAACUAGAAGAUAGCCAUUUUACCCCACCAACGGAGCCAAUACAAUGCGUUCAGUACGUCAAGGUGUAA